UGUCCAGGGGUCCUCAGCCUGACUGGCUCUCAUUGUUAUUUGCCUUCCUGCCAGAUUUUCCCGCCAGUAAUCCUGGAUCAUACAGGCCCUUGGCUUGGAGAGCCCCCCGCCCUCCCUACCUGCUAAAAACCGCUCAGGCUCAGUCAGAUGCUGCAGCUUCCCUGAAUCAUCCUGUAGCUUUAACACCUGGAGUUACUUCCUAGGACUCACUGAGCCUUGACAGUGCUCCCUGACCGUUUCCAGCUCCGUGGUCUUGGGCCAGUGACUUAGCUUCUCAAGCCUUUACAACAAGCAAAACAGUACCAGUCUCAAGGGGCGUCAUGAAGUUCUGCUACGGGGCAUGGAGUGCUGGACCCACCAACACCCAGGGUGCAUAUGGAACUGGUGUGGCCAGCUGGCAAGGUUAUGAAAACUACAAUUAUUAUGGUGCCCAGAACACCAGCGUCACCACAGCAGCAACCUACAGCUACGGCCCAGCCUCCUGGGAAGCCACCAAGGCUGGUGAUGGCCUGGGGCCUGGGGGCCCUGCCAUACAUAUGGCUUCUUAUGGCCCAGAGCCAUGCACUGACAAUUCUGACUCGCUCAUUGCCAAGAUCAACCAACGUCUAGACAUGAUGUCCAAGGAAGGAGGCAGGGGUGGGAGCAGCACCGGUGGGGAGGGCAUGCAGGACCGGGAGAGUUCCUUCCGCUUCCAGUCAUUUGACUCCUACGACUCCAGGCCUUGUCUGCCUGAGCACAAUCCCUACCGUCCCAGCUACAGCUACAACUAUGACUUUGACCUGGGACCUGACCGCAAUGGUGGCUUUGGCAGUCAGUACAGUGACUGUCGGGACCCUGCCCGUGAGCCCCGCUCACUCGAUGGCUUCAUGCGGGGCCGGGAUCAGGGCCGCUUUCAGGACCGAAGCAACGCUGGCACCUUUAUGCGCACUGACCCCUUCAUGACAUCAGCGGCCUCCUCCCAACCACUGUCUGCUCCCUGGACAGAAAUGAACUAUGUGGGUGGACGGGGCCUGGGAGGCCCCUCUCCCAGCAGGCCCCCACCUUCCCUCUUCUCCCAGUCCAUGGCCCCCCAGUCCAUGGCCCCCAACUAUGGAGUGAUGGGCAUGCAGGGGGCUGGAGGUUAUGACAACUCUGUGCCCUACAGAUGUGGCCAGUCACAGACCCGGAUGAGGGAUCGGCCCAGGUGGAGAGGGUUUGACCGCUGCGGCCCAGAUGGCAUGGGCAGGAAACGGAAGCAGUUGCAAAUCUAUGAUGAGCCGGAUGCCAAACAGGCCCGAGCUGACAGCGAAGGAGAUUUUUCCGAAAAUGAUGAUGGAGCUGGUGACUUCCGGUCAGGAGAUGAAGAAUUCAGGGGAGAGGACGAUUUCUUGGACUCCGGGAGGCAGAGAGAGAAGGAUGACGAGGAUGAUGAAGCGAAGAAGAGGAAGGAAAAGCAAAGGAGAAGAGACAGGUUGCGAGACCGAGCAGCUGACAGGAUUCAAUUUGCCUGUUCCGUGUGCAAAUUUCGUAGCUUUGAAGAUGAAGAAAUCCAGAAGCAUCUGCAAAGCAAAUUUCACAAAGAGACACUGAGGUUUAUAAGCACCAAACUGCCUGACAAGACGGUGGAGUUCCUUCAGGAAUACAUUGUAAACAGGAAUAAGAAGAUUGAGAAGCGACGUCAGGAACUGAUGGAGAAGGAAAGCACAAAACCAAAACCAGAUCCUUUCAAAGGGAUUGGCCAGGAGCACUUCUUCAAGAAGAUCGAGGCUGCCCACUGCUUGGCUUGCGACAUGCUGAUCCCUGCGCAGCACCAGCUCCUCCAGCGGCACCUGCACUCUGUGGAUCACAAUCACAAUCGCCGGUUGGCUGCUGAACAGUUCAAGAAGACAAGUCUCCAUGUGGCUAAGAGUGUUUUGAACAACAGACAUAUAGUGAAGAUGCUGGAAAAAUACCUCAAGGGUGAAGACCCUUUCACCAAUGAAGCCGUUGAUCCAGAAAUCGAAGGAGUUGACAAUUUAGGAGGUGAUGAUAAGGAAGAGACACCUGAGGAGGUGGCCGAAGAAGUGUUAGCUGAGGUGAUUACAGCAGCAGUGAAGGCAGUAGAGGGGGAAGGAGUGCCCACUCCAAAAAGUAUUGAAACACUGGUUGAAGGGGAAAGCCCCGUGGACACUGCAGAGGCUACCAGUGAUCCCCAUCCUGAACAGCCGCUGGAAGCAGACACAUGCUGUGGAAUGGCAUCCGGGAAGGGGGGCGCUGAAGCAGAGGCCGGAAGUGAGGAGGCCCAGGCUGCAAAUAAGGCUGCAGAGGCUGAAGGUGAAGCAGAGGCAAAAGGCACUGUAACCAGCACUGUUCUGGCCCCAGCAACCACAGAAGCUGAAGUGGAGCAAUCUGACGCAGAGUCCAAAGAUGUUACUCCCACCGAGUGAUCCUCCUUUCCCUGUUUCAAGGGAUGUGUUAUAUGAUGCAUUGAUCUUUCUUCUUUGGUUUGUAAGUAGUACUAGGGUGUGUGUGACUGGAAUAUGCUGAAAACAUUUUGGUGAAGAGACCCAGCUGUUUCCUUCAGAAAAACGUACCUCAUGGGCUUGUCUUAGAGCUGUGUGGCUUUCCGCCUCGGUUUGGAAGCUACAGAAGUACAUUCCCCCAAGCAGCUGUGACCUUCCUACACUGCAGUUGGAGUAAUAAGAGUUGGGCAAUGAGAUUUUGAUACUUUGCUUGUUAAGAAUGCCCUUCAUUUAUUAUUAUUUUGUCUGGGAGCAGCUCAUUGUUACUAGGAUAGAUCUUACUUUAUAAAGAUUUGUUUUUUUUAAGUUUAAAAAUUUGCUUUGGCUUUAGUUUUUGACCUGCGUUUGUAGCUCACGGAAUGGGGUAUGAUUCUCACAAGAUGUAGCAGAAUCUUGUUAAUGUGAUGCUGGUCCUGUCACAUCUGAACUCUGACAAUUGCACCACUGGAAGCACACCCAGUGGCCCCGUAAGACAGGACACUGCCUAGGGCAUUGUUUCCCAAUCUGUAAUCCUUGGAGAAUGACCUUCGGAAUUGAUCUCAUGUGUUCCACCUCUGCAUUACUUCAGGGUUUUUUCUUUAAAUCAAGUUACUUCCUCUUAAACAUAUUUAAAAAGAAAACUUGAUGUCCCUCCCAUGAAUGGAAAACCAAUAUAAAUUGCCACAGAUAAGAUGCUAUCUGUAAAAAAUGAAUAAAAUGAAGUAAACAUUUCAUUUUAAAUACUCUUCCUUUGGAGGUUCCCGAGUCUGAGAAAGGCAAGGCAGCAUGUGUUAAAGUGUAGCAAGCACUGGUUACAUGUUCAUAUAACCAAAAGAAUUGGAAGAGAUCUACCUUUUGAAAUGAUAUUGCUGGGUCUUCUUCCCUGUAAACUUUUGAACUGUCACAUUUGAGGACACAUUGGCCAGUGGGAAAUUAUUUUAAAAGGUAAUAAAAAUAUUUGAUGAGCAUCUACUGUGUACCAGGUGCUAAUUCAUGAUAAAAAUAAGAUAUGAGCACUGCUCUCAAGGAGCCUUACUAGAGAUGUGAGAUGAAUAUUUAUGAAAAAGUCUAUAUUAGAACUUAAUAAACUGUUCAAUAAGCAAGAAAA